AUGACAGAACCCGAAGCCUUUCAGCGCGACGACGAGUUCUGGAUAGAGGAUGGAAAUAUUGUUCUUGUUGCCGGCGGCGUCGGAUUCUGUGUCUACAGAGGCUUGCUCGCCGGACAGUCCGAAGUCUUCCGAGGGAUGCUUGCUCUCCCCAAUCCGGUCGAACGCGAGCAACACAAUGAACUCCCCGUCGUGCGCCUGUCGGACUCGGAGGAAGACCUGAGGCACCUCUUGCGUGCCCUGAUUCCGAGUCAAAAACCACUUUUCUAUCGCUACGUGCCCUCCCGAGAUCCCAUUCCCUCCGCGAUGCUGUCCGCCGUCAUACGCCUCGCGCACAAGUACGGCUUUACCGAGCUCGAAAGCCAGGGCCUCGCAUGUCUGAAGACAUUCUACACGCACGACUUUGACACCUGGCAAAGAGCGAAGCGGUUCGAGACGCCGCUACCCUUCAGGGUUCAUGACUUCUCUCCCAUCGAGGUCAUCCACAUUGCACGCCUUACGGACACUCCCACCCUCCUUCCUAUCGCCUUCUACCAAUGUGCCACUGAGGGGGACGUCAUCGCGAAACUCGCGGAGGGGCACACCCGUGAAGAUGGGACGUCGGUGAAGCUCGACGCGGACGACCUGCUCCGAUGCCUCAAAGGCCAGCGUUACUUCGCUAACCGCGGCUUCUCGACGUUUUCCUAUCUCUUCGAUGCGAUCCCUGACAAGCACUGCAUAAAGCCGAAAGAUUGCAAGGGGAUUCUCCUAGACAUACGCGCCGAAGCCGAAGACCACAUGCGCGACUACGAGAGCAUACUCUGCCCACUCGAACUAUGGUGGCACUCUCCGUAUCGGUUCUACGAGCCGCAAGACAGGUGGCCGGAGAACGAGCUCUGCAGUUGCUGCUUCUCCAUGAUGAAGAAACGGGACAGGGAUGAACGGGAGGAAAUCUGGGAUGAUUUGCCGGGCGUGUUUUCCCUUCCGGAGUGGUCUUAG